AGCUUCGAGUCGAGCAGCAUUAAAUACUUGAAAUUUAAAACGCAGCGUAAACAACCAGAAUUAAAAACAGGCAAAGCUGUAAAUAAAGAUAAAAAUAAUAUUUUAAUUGCCUAAAACAAAAAAAAAACAGAUGAAAUAAAGCAACUUAGCUUCAUGUAUUUAACGAGCAGCACCAAACUUCGCCGGGCCCACAGCAGUUCGCAAUGAGACGCCUACGAGGAGCCAAGUGGGCUGCAUUCCUUCUGCUGCUGCUGCACCCUCUGCCCCUGCCUCUGCAGGCCGCUGGCAGUCAGGCACCCAGCAAUGGCGUCGGCCUAGGCUUGAUAGACUCCGUGACGUCAGCACUGAAUGCAUCCAGCCGGGCGCUAACCAGCGAUUGGCCAGCAAGUGUAAUAGGAAAUCCCACGAGUCCAGCUAGCUACGAUUACAUCGUGGUGGGUGCGGGCAGCGCGGGCGCCAUUGUAGCCAGUCGGUUGGCAGAGCAGCCCAAUGUGACGGUGCUGCUGCUGGAGGCGGGUCAGGACCCACCGCUCGAAUCGGAGAUCUAUGCACUGAGUGGCUCCAUGCACCACGACCCGCGCUACAUGUGGCUGAGCGAGGCGGAGCCGAAUCCUCAGUGCUGCCAGGCCAUGGAGCCACCGCAUGGCUGCUGCUGGUGGCACGGACGCAUGCUGGGCGGCACAGGCGCUCUCAACGGAAAUAUCUAUGUGCCGGGCAGUGCAACCAACUUUCGCAAUUGGCGCUGGCGUCUAGGCCUCCAGGGCUGGGAUUGGCCGCAAGUGCAGCGUGCGUACCGCCAGCUGCAGUCGCGACUGAAGCUGAGCUACUUUCCCAUCGAGCCGCUCAACCAGCGACUGGCCGAGCUCAUCUAUGCUGCCAGCUCGGAGCUAGGUGUGCCCCGGAUGCAGCAGCCCUUACUCUCCGGCAGCAGCUUUGGCUACACACAUCAGGUGCCGGCCACGAUAAACCAAGGCAGACGGGUGAGCAGCGCUCGCAGUUACCUGGCUGGCGUAACCCGUCCCAAUCUUACCAUACUGCGCGGUGCUCAGGCCCAGCGGCUGUUGCUCAGCGCCAGCGGACAACGGCUACGCGGCGUCAGCUACUAUCACAUGGCCAGCAAUCGCACGCUCACCGCUUGGUCCAGUCGCGAACUAGUCCUAAGCGCAGGUGCGCUCAACUCGCCUAAGCUCCUUCUGCUGUCCGGCAUUGGGCCAGCCCGACAGCUAAGCAGGCUUGGCAUACAGCCACGCCUGCCGCUGGAGGGUGUGGGUAAGAAUCUUCAUGAUCAUGGCAUGUUGCCGCUGUUCUUGCGCUUCUCGGGCUCCAGCUGCGCCGUCAACAGCAGUCGACCAGCAAGUGGGCGUGGUGCCUUUGAGCCCGCCUCUGUGGCGGAGUAUUUGCUGCAAGGACAACGCGGUCCGUUGGCCGCGAGCUUCUCGAUGAUGGGCUUCAUCAACUCGAGUGCGCCAACGAGUCGUUCCGGGCAGCCAGACGUGCACGUGGUCGCACACACGUUGCUGCCACGCGGCGGCGACGGCAGCUUUGGCUACCUGGGCUUUCGCUCGGCCCUGAUAGCCGCUCAGCGAGCGGCCCUGCAGCAGACAGAUCUGCUGCAGAUCAUGGGCUCGCUGAUAUUGCCCAAGUGGCGCGGCAGCGUCUCACUGCGCAGCAGCGAUCCGAGCGAGCCACCGCUGGUAAGGAAUAACUAUGCCUCGCAUCCAGACGAUCGUGCCACGCUGUUGCGCUUCGUGCGCUACGUGCAGCGGCUGCUGAACACACGCGCCUUCCGGCGCUGCGGCCUUAGCUUGUGGUUGCCGCCGCUGCCCGAAUGCGAUGUCCUUGAGCCGGACUCGGAUGCCUACUGGCUGUGCCACAUACGCUACAUGUUUGUGGGCGCGUGGCAUGCAGUCGGCAGCUGCCGCAUGGCCGCCUCCAGCGAGCCUCUGGGCGUCGUCGAUGAGCGACUGCGCGUGCGCGGCAUUCAAGGACUGCGAGUAGCGGACGCCAGCAUCAUCCCAGAGAUUACGGCGGGCAAUACGAAUGCGCCCGCCAUGAUGAUUGGCGAGCAGGCGGCCCGUAUGAUACGCGAGGAUCAGCUAGGAGAUGAACAGGUGGAGGAUCAAUCGCAACAGAGUCUGCUGCCCAAUGAGCUGCUCGAACAGGCAGCAUCAGCGAAUCCACCUACAACAGGGGAAACCAAUGAGAUACUUCCUUGAGCCAGCCAAUUAAACCAAAG